AACAGACAGGCGAUUUCGGUGACUUUUUUGCCGAGCAUGAAGGACGUUUCAAUGACAAUAUCGACAAAGUGCGCGCCUGGAGGGAUGCUCUUCGUCAAUUAGCCAAUCUGUCUGGAUUUGACCUAUACAAGGACGAGGAUGGGUAUGAGGCACAAUUUAUCCAACGAAUUGUUCAAUGGGUUUUGAAUACAUUGCAAACUCUGCCAUCUUAUCUUGAGGACCUAGUGGGAAUUGACUCAAGAGUAGAGGAACUAAAUAGGCUUUUGGACAUCAAAUCUAAUGAUGUUCGCUUCAUAGGGAUAUGCGGAAUUGGUGGAUGGGCAAGACAACUAUCGCCAGAGUGGUUUUUGACAACAUUUCCAAUGAAUUUGAAAUUUUCACCUGGAUUACUUGUGGGCUAAGCGAAACACUGGGUCAUCUGCAAUUGCAAAAGAAACUUCUUUAUGAGGCUUUGGGGCAAGGCAUAGAUGUUCCAAAUGUUAACGAGGGAGCCAUAAUGAUAAAGAACAUUCUAUGUAAGAGAAAGGUUCUUCUCAUUUUAGACGAUGUUUUCGACUUAGACCAACUGAAAUCAUUGGGUGGAAACAAAGAAUGGUUUGGUUUGGGGAGCAGAGUCAUCAUUACAACUAGAAAUGAGAAUUUGCUAAGAGAGCAUGGUGUAGAAAGCAUAUUUGAAGUUAAGGGAUUAAGUGAGGGUGAGUCGCGUCAGCUCUUCAAUAUUCACGCCUUUAAAAGUGAUGAACCCCGAGAAUAUUAUUUGGAUCUGUCUAAACGGGUGGUUCAUUAUGCUGGAGGCGUUCCUUUAGCAAUCAAGGUUUUGGGAUCCUCUCUGUUCCACAGAAGUCCGGGAGAGUGGCGUAAUGCAUUGGAAAAGCUGAAGCAUGUUCCUGAUAAAAAUGUUUCUCAAGCACUUGAAAUAAGUUAUCAUGGACUGGCGGACAAUGAGAAAAGAAUGUUUCUAGAUAUUGCUUGUUUCUUUCAAGGAAUGGACAAGGAACGAGUGGUAGAGAUACUAGAUUGUUUUGGAUUUAAUCCGAAGGAUGGGAUGGAAGCUCUCUUUGAGAAAUCUCUCAUAACUAUUUCAAAUAACAAAGUGUUGAUGCAUGGGUUGAUACAAGAAUUGGGACGACAAUUGGUACGCAGAGAUGCUGUUGAGGAUCCUGGAGAGCAAAGCAGGUUGUGGCUUCAUGAUGAUGUCAUUCAUGUAUUGAGGAAUAAUACGGGUACAAAUGCAGUUGAAGGUAUAGCCUUAGACUUCCCUAAAUUGAAAGAGGCAUGUUGGGACUUGGAGGCCUUCUCGACGAUGCAUAAUCUCAGAUUUCUCCAAAUUCAUAAUCUGCGAAUGACCCAAGGCCCAAAAAAACUUUCUAAUGCCUUAAAGUUUCUUGAAUGGAGUGGGUAUCCUUCAAAAUUUCUCCCACGAGAAUUUGAACUUGAGCAACUUUGUGAAGUUAACUUGUCCCAUAGCAGCAUUGGACAACUUUGGAAUAGAACAAAGUGCUUAGGCAAUCUGAAAUUCGUUAAUGUUAGCUACUCCCAGAACCUGACCAGGACCCCGGACUUUACUGUUACUCCAAAUCUUCAUAGAUUAAUUCUUGAAGGCUGUACAAACUUGGUGAUGAUCGACCCAUCCAUUGCUGAGCUCAAAAGGCUUAUUUUCUUAAAUCUUAAGGACUGCAGAAGUCUUAAACGCCUUCCCAAAUGUUUUGAAAUGGAAAGUCUUCAAAUUCUUAUUCUUUCUGGUUGUUCAAAAAUUAAUAAAGUUCCAGAAUUUGUGAGACCUAUGGAAAACUUGUUGGAACUUUAUUUAGAUAAGACUGCUGUAGAAGAAUUACCUUCUUCGAUCGAAUGUCUGACUGGCCUUACUUUAUUAAACCUGAGAGAUUGCAGAAAUCUCAGUUCCCUUGCAAGCAGUACUUGCCAGUUGCGUUCCCUCAAAAGUCUCAAUCUCAGUGGAUGCUCAAAGCUUGAAGAACUGCCAAAAAACUUGGGAAAUAUGGUUUGUUUGAAGGAGCUUGAUGUGGGCGGUACCUCUAUUAAUGAUCUACCAUCCUCCAUUUCCCGCCUGGAAAAUCUUGAAUUGUUAUCCAUUUGUGGUUGCAAAUCGAUGCGAAGAAAGAAGACAAGUCUACUGAGUUUGCUGUUGCCGACCACAGAUUCUGGUUUGCUUUCUUUGACAGUGCUGAAUCUCAGUGACUGUAAUCUUGAGGAGGUAACAAUCCUGGAAAAUCUUGGCUGCUUGUCCUCAAUAGUAUCGCUUAAUCUAAGUAAAAACAGUUUUGUUAGUCUUCCCAAGAGCAUCACAGAGCUGUCUAAGCUUCAGAUUUUGAAUUUGGGUGGUUGUAAGUGUCUUAAAAAAUUGCCGGACCUUUCAGCAGAAUUGAACUUGAGUGUUGAGGGAAAAGGCAGUUUUUCACGGGAAAGGCUGUCAUCAUGUUUCAGUUUUAUUAAUUGCUUUGAAGUGGUUGACGACCAAGGCUGCAACAAUGUAGCAUUUGCAGCGUUAAGGAGAUUCCUUGAGGGAAUCCCUUACGUAGGGAAUAAUUUUGAAGCUAUAUAUCCUGGCAGUGAAAUUUCUGAGUGGUUUGGUUAUCGAAGUGAGAGGCCUGUGGUAAGCGUGGAGCUCCCUCAACACUGGUAUAAGAACGAGUGGAUGGGAUAUGCAUUGUGUGCUGUUUUCACUCUCCGUCGACGACUCCCACCUAAUCUGCUUGGUAAAUGGAACUACGGAACCCAUACCACUGCACAUGGUCUUCGUUGCGAAGUUAAGCCUGGGAAUUUGGGUGUAGGUGGCUGGUGUCCUUCCUUCGCCUGCAGCGAAGAAUUAGGGCAAAUUGAGAAAGAGCACAUUUGGCUAUCCUUUGUAUCUGGUGAAUACUUUGGUACAACAUGGCAAGACAGUUGUCAUCACCUUGAGUUUACAUUUAAACCUUAGGCUCUGGUUUGGAGGUGAAGAGGUGCGGAGUCCGUCUCAUCUACGAGAGUGAUUUGGUUGGAUUAAAGCAACCUUCAUCUAGAGGAAACAAGCAAAACAAGCAACUCCAGUGAGUACGAUGCAGUCUCAAAGAACAUCUGUUUAUUCAAGGAAGCUGGAAACCGGUUAUGAGAUGAGGUACUUUCUUUACCUGGUAAAUGAACUCCGCCGUGUAAGUUUAUCUUACAUUGCCGGUCCCAAGCCCGGAUAAAGGAGGAGGGGGAGGACGUCAGGUAGUCGACAGCCGGCACUCCAUGAUUACGUCGAAUCCUUAUAUUAUCUUGAUCGACGUCAUGCACAAUUUUAUUAUAGUUUCUUUUUUCUGAGUGAAAUGCUUGAAAGGCGUUAUGGUAAUUAACAAUGCAUCCGUGAGAAUCAGAUUCAACUGUAUUUGAUUAACGAGUGUAAAAUGCAUUGGAAUGAUCUGUCUGUACUUCUUGCUUAGACCUUAUGCAUCCGAAUUCAGUCCUCAAUGAUAUCCAAAUUGAUAAAUUGCCCAUCA